CGGUAUAGUGUUAGGGUAUUUACGCAUGCACGAGAUACACAAAAGCCGAGGCAGAUUGUAAGGAAAGAAAAGCUGGAGUAUUUCGUUUGAUUUUUUCUAUAUUUUUAUCGUAAAAUACAUAAGAAAUAGUUGGAUAGAACAUAGAACAACAUCAAUUGAAUCGAUUUAGACGUAAUUUAGAAGUUUCCAAGCGUUUUAGAGAAAAAAGAAAAGAAAGAGAAUGUCUUGAAAAGUCUCAAGAAAUGAGGUAGAAAAAAAUUAUGGCUUCAUGAGGGCUCGAACCACGAACCACACAAUACUUUGACACCGCUGUGAAAGCAACACAACUACAUGUACUGUUGAGCCUGGGCGCCCUGUGUUGCAUCAUACGCCAUAUUGGAAUUUGUCCCGUGAUCUGUUAUAGAUUUAUCUGAAGAAGAAUGGGACAGAGUGAUACAGAAAGCACUUCUUCCUCAAUGCAUGGAAAUCCAGGCUCCCCACGAGACCCUUCCAUCCUCACAGAAGAGGUUCAUGCUGAGACUCCAUUUACCUCAAGACAAGUUCAGGCAAUAUCUCCAUCAACAUCCAGUGACAGCAGYGAACUUAACAACUCUGUAGUGUUCAAUGGUGAGAGACCAAAAUCACAGCAGCACAGGGAAAUACCAGUCAUUGACUUGACAUCACCAGAUCAUGAUGAGGACAGGACCACUGUAGAUGAUCAUGUAACUGAAAUGAAUGGUAUGUACCAAGACUUUGCUGCGCGUGUCCAGCGUCAGCUGAAUGCAACCCGUGAACGAAUAGCAAGAAUGCGUGCAGACCAUCAUCAUCUACGCCUGCAUGCCCUCCGCUCACGUAUGCAAAGUUGCCCGUAUAUAACUACCCACAGAUCUGGACGAAGAACUCCCAUAUCACAUACCUCUAGACAGAGACCUAGAGACAUGACAUCUACCUCAAGUGGACCAGUACGCGUCACAUCACCCAUUACAGUACAUGAUUCACCAGUUGCCAACAAUAAUGAAACGUCUAGAGAUGUUUAUGAAACUACUGGAGACAGUACCUAYGACAACAGAUCUCCUGAUAGCCAAACGGAACAUCGGUAUUCAUGGAGGAGAAGACUCAACAGAGAUUCUGUACUACAGAGAUUGCAGGACAGAUCCUCAUCUUGUAAUGAAGAGUCAGAUGAAGCUUUAGCAAGAAGACUUCAAGCACAGUUUGACCAAGAACUUGCAGAUGAACAGCCACAGUUGCAAACAGCUGAGUCAUCUUUUCCUUUCUUGAGUCAUGCACCACCAGACCUUGCAGCAGGACCUUUGCCUCUACCUCUUCAUUUCCGCCGCCGUCGGCAUUACCAUGGUCGUCGUCAUGGUAUCAGCUAUAAUCUGUCAUCUUCCAGUGGUUUUCCAGAGCUGCUGCUACCAUUUGUGUCAAUGACAUCACUCCCUCCACCUCUGCAUCAUUUUGAACCAGGACAAAACCAUAGCAAUGACAGUGCAGACUACGAGGCUUUAUGGAAUUUAAGCGAGCGUAUUGGACCUGCCAAGUCAAGAGGACUAAAUAAAGAAGCUAUCGACCGUAUACCAUCAUUCCGGUACAGUGCUAGUAAUAAAGAGAUGUCUAAUGGAAGCUGUGUAGUGUGUAUGAUGGAUUACACAAACAGAGAAAAGCUAAGGAAACUGCCUUGUACGCAUGACUUCCAUUCUAAGUGCAUUGACAGAUGGCUCAGGAGUAAUCGUAGCUGUCCAGUUUGCCGUGAAGUUGUUGCCACUGCUUGAUGCGUACCUCAUGAUUCCUUGCUGGGCCUUGGAAUUAGUAUCACUUUAUUAUUGUAUUAUUAUUUUUGCUCAUUGUACAAAUCACAAACUAUGCUCUAUAUUAUAUUACACACUGAACGGACGAAUAGCAAUCAGCACUGAUAAACCAUCAAUAGUCAUGUAUGUUCUAUUUGAACGUUUGUCACUGUCAAGGUCUUUGAGUCUACUGUAGUGGUAGACGAUUUAGCUGUAAAAGUACGGCGGUAAUAGAUUACUUGGUGAUAUUUUCACGAAUAAUUCAUAACUUUAGCAAUCAUAACCGUCUCCAUAGCUUG